AUUGGGCUACAGCAGCAACGCAAUGUAUUGAUAUUAGUAACGAUUGUGAUGCAAACAAAAAAGGCAAGGUUCAAGUUGGAAGAUCGUGAGGUUAACCCUCCCAGCCACAGUAUGCGGUGCUCUAAACGGAAAAUGGCUGUAUUCAGGAUGUUUCUCCAAGCUUCCAUUGUUGCCGUCAUCGUUGUCGUCAGUGUAACCUACAGUAAUUUCGGAGAAGCAUUUAAAAGGAACAUCAACAUUCCAACGUCUGACACCAACUAUUAUAUCCGGAACCAAGGAACCAGUACUAUCACACACGGUGCAUCAGCUAGUGAAAGUGACGCCAAACCGAAGAAGAUAACAGAAGAUGACCACCAAGACCAUCGUCGAUAUUCGUCAGAAGUUCGCCAUAUUGCUUUCUUGAAGGUCCACAAAUGUGCCAGUUCCACCAUGCUUAAUAUCUUUUAUAGGUUCGGUUAUAAAAGGGGACUUAACUUUGUUCUCCCCACUGAAAGUAACUACAUUCAUAUGAUUCAACGAAAAGGAGUUAUAUCACUUGUCCCUCCACCCGCCAUGUCCGGGUAUGAUAUUCUUUGCAACCAUGUUCGUAGAUUCAACAAAAAACAAUUCUCUCGUUUCCUUCCACCAGACACCAAGUAUAUCGCCAUAGUUCGAGAACCUUUUAAAAGAAUGUACUCGGCGUUUAAUUUUUACCGGAACUUAUUACACUAUCCGAUCUUGAGGCGGGUUGGAGGUUUGGACCCUUUCCAAACCUACCUCGAUGAUAUCGCAGCCUUUGAAUCAAAGUGGGGACAUAGAUCCUUUACUAAUAACGCGAUGGCAAGGGAUUUUGGCUUUCCUACCAAGGACUGUAGAAACAUUUCAAAGUUCAAAACGUAUCUAGAAACACUUGAUCAGCAGUUCCACUUUGUUAUGGUGUCGGAGAUGUUUUACGAGUCACUGGUGCUCUUGCGUAGGUUACUUAAGUGGUCCAUGGAAGAUGUGAUAUUUCUGACAAUAAAUGCGCAUGAACACAAAGCUGUCGCAAUGAAUGCUAGCUCCGAGGAUAUCAAACCUUUUCUCGCUCUUGAUCGUAUUCUGUAUGAUCAUUAUCUUACAAGACUUGAGGAACAGAUUGUGUCAGAAGGGCCAGAUUUUCACAACGAGCUUCAAUACUUCAAAGGUAUAAACUCCAAAGUCACGGAGCUUUGUAAUGCAAGGAAUACCACGACAAAACUGCUGUCAUUCGGGGCAAAUGACUGGCAUGGUGACUUUAACAUCACGCUGUAUGAUUGUGAAUUGCUUGGUAAACAGGAGAUCAAGUUUUUGAAUUUAGUCCGGCGUGAACAAAUUGAACGCGUAAACAAAUAUGGAGCUAAUAAAAGUUACUUCCAAUAACAGUUAUCUUUUUUGUCUGGUAAUCAUUAAUUUUUAGUAUGUGUAAAAAUGAUUUAUUUCUUGAACAGCAGUACCGUUCGUAAUUUGCAAGUCGGGGAAUAAAUACUCCGAGCUUUUGUAGCUUUGUUGAGGCAUCAUUGCGUUUAUUUAGUUAUUUGGUUGGAGGGGUGUUGAUAUUGAAAGGAAACCUAAAUUAAUAUCAAAAUUUGAUCUACCUACCCAAGUGGAGUGGUUGAAUAGCGAAAAAUAAAAUUGAAUACAAGUCUAAACUAUCUAAACACCACAGGCUGGAUGGCUGAAGUAGGGGUAAGCGGUUUGAGAGUGAUUGGAAGUUACUGUGCCAGCGUUUCACAGAAACCUAAUCACCGAAAACAAUGUAUGAACGAUUGUGCAUUGUUUCAAGUUAUUGUUACCCGUGGAUAUCCUGGGAUAGGAUAGGCCCCAGAAACUUAUGCUUGUCAUACGAAGUGACAUACAGGAUCGGGUGGUCAAGCUUGGUUGGUUGCGUGUUUUCGCG